GUUUUGAUAUCACGCUUGAAGAGCCUUUCCUCCCCGGAGUUGUAUCCAAGCAUAUCAAGCAGUGCUGCGCGCUGCACCCAUCGUCCCCUAUAUCCUAUCUCUGUCGGAUCUGAUAUCUUUCCUCUGAUACCCCAUCCCUAAAGUCUGAGAGUAUUGCGUCUUGGAAUACGAAAAUACGUAUAUCAUCGUGAACUCAUCAUACUUUUCCUGCUCUUCGUAGAGUGUCCAGGGCUCCAGGCUCUGCACACCGCAUUGCUUUCCCCUUUCAUGUCCUCCGGGAAUUUUCGGUGAAUAGACGACUUCUACGCUGCCGGAUCUCGUCUGCUUCCCUUUUUGUAUCAACACACUCAACCCAGCUUGUUCACCUUUCGAGGACAAGUACCUCUUCUUGUUUUGAUUUUGGUUAUUGGCUUCCAUUUAUAUUUCUCAAAAUGAAUGCCCCUGAUAGAUUUGAGUCUUUCGUCCUCGGGCCGGGAGAGAAGAAAGUCGAGAUGGAGACUGACACCCGCGUCCCAUCCACCGCGAUCUUCACGUUCAAUAAGGAAGACCAUACUCUUGGAAACUUGAUUCGGUCUCAGCUUCUCAAAAGUCAGCAUGUCCAGUUUGCUGGAUACAAGGUUCCCCAUCCCCUCGUCCACAAGUUCAUCCUCCGUGUUCAGACCGACGGUGCCAUUACUCCAAAGGAUGCCGUCCUCACGGCCUGCCAUGAGCUUGUCAAGGACCUUGGAACCCUCAGCCGUGAAUUUACCAAAGAGUUCGAGUUGAGAAAGAUGGUCAGCACCGAAUCACAACAGCAGAAUGCCCAGAAUGGAGCUUAAAGUUCUUGUUACGAGGGUUACCUAUGCGUGUGAGAUGAUUUAGGCGAAGUCAAGCACAGAUGGGACGGCGUUCUGAUGGGUUUUUUCUUCUGCGGCCGUGGGAUGGCGUUGAGAUGGUUGAGCUCCGGGCUUAGGUUGCCAACAGUACACCAGUUCGCUGCCAGUCUACUUAAA